GGUUACUGCGUAAAAGAUGGAUGCGAUGAAAUCCAUAACACUCAUGUUGAGGAAAAGGUGUAUGUUGAAUAUUUAUUCAUGAUUGGUCAGUGGCUCUCCAAAUUAAUUAGUAUUGUGCGGUACAUUUUACCUUCAGCUAUUAAUCACAUUGACGAUGCAGGGGUUUUGGUAACAAUAUUCGUUCCUUUAUGUUUGGUUGCUCAUUUGUUACGUAUGGUAAUUUUUACUGACACAUACGAAACAGAUAAUUUUAAUCGAAAAAUGCUUCAUAAUGCGUUAACAACUAUUCGAGAGCGAGAAAUUCAAAUAAAGUUCUUGCAAGGUGAAAUUGAAAAAGGAAAAAACAUGGGUACUGCUAAAGUAGAUGAAAAAUUUGAAUCUCUACAAUCCGAACUAAGUAAUCGAUUAUUGGAAAUCCAACAAAUGAAAACAAAAUUUCUCACAAUUGAAGAACAAAACAACAAUUUGAAAGCAGAAAUUGUUGAAAAAAAUGGGAUGAUUGAGAAAGAACGUUUAAACUGUACAAAUUUAGCGGAAAAAAACGCAAACCUUUUGGAAAAAAAUGAGUUGCAAAUGAAACAGCUCUCUGAAAUAAGUGUUGCUGUAGAAACUUCUGGUGAAGAGAAUGAACGUCUGAUGAAUGAAAUUGCACGAAAAAAUUGCCAGUUGACAUGUCUGAAAUCGGAAGCAAAUUCUCAUACUCUCGAAAUUCACAGCUUAAGGGAUCAGUUAGAACAUGUUCAUUUGAAAGUUCUACACUCAGUUACGGACACGUUUUUUCAUAAUUUAUUGUUUUCUUUUUAUGCAUCAUCAACGGAAAAAAAAAUGUUGCAUCAACGUGUGGAAGAGUUGCAAAGUGAAGUUGUUCAGUUAUCAGAAAUUAUUUCUGAAUUACGUGAUGCUGGUGACUAUGACGGAGGAGAGCAAUCAUUUGAUACAGAGACUAAGAAUGACCAGCCAGUUAAUGAAAAUGGAAACGGUCACUUUCUUUUCAUAAGUGAAAGUGGUUGGUCAGAUUUCGAUGAAUAUGAUGCAGACAAUACGAUAGAUAACACAAAACAGAAAGCACGAAAACAACAAAAAAAAGAGCGAUCACUGACCACGCGAUUCUCUCCUACCGAUAUAAUGGAAGUUGUAAAACUUAGAACGCAACUCAAAAAUGUAGAAGCUGAGUUAGAGCAGGCCAAACUAUCAUUUCAAAAGCAAGCUAAUGAACGGGAGCACUUAGUACGUAGAGUGGAAUUUGCGGAAUCUGAAGCUACAAAGCGUUUUAAAGAGAUUGAAACUAAAGAAACGGAAAGAAUGGAAGCACACAAUCAGUUUAAACGAAUUCUUGCUAUGGUUGAAGAACGAGAAUCAAAAUUAAGAAAUAUGGAAGAAACAGUAGAAAAGUUGCGCAGUGAAGCAAAAAAUUGGCAGGAUGAAGUGCGAUCAUUAGGAGAUCAAAAGAAAACUGUGGAAAUCAAGCUGCUGGAAGCUGAGCAAGAAAUAAAGCGUCUAAAAGCAGAAUAUAGUAGACUGGAGACGCGUAAUUUUCAUGAACUACGAGAUUGCCGACAAACAAUUGCAUCCUUGAAGCAAAAGCAUCGAAACAUCUUUUUGGAAUCAUAUGAUUUAGUUUUUAAUGUUCAGUCAAUAGAGCAGUUUCAUCUUUCAAAUCCACUUUCAAACGUGUUUGAUAAUGCUAAUGGGCUAAAUCUUUCGGCAUCUUCAUCGGAUCGAGAUUAUGGAGCUUCUCUAAGUGGUGUUUUAGGAGCUGCUCCUUUGCCUUAUGUGAGGCCAUUAUGGAGUGAUGAUGCAGCGGAGUUCCUUUCAUCUCACGGAGAGUCAUCUUUGUUAAGAAAGGGUGAUCCAUUAUUGAACGACAUAGUACCAGAAAAUAAUAUGAAUAUCCCUAAGAAAGGUUCUAGACCUCGAAGAAGUAUUAGAGAUUGGGAGCAUAAUACUGAAGUAGCUAUAGAUGGUGCACAUAUUCGUUAUAAAAAAGAAGGUAAGAGAAUGAGGUCUCGUUCACAAGGCCGUCAUACUCUGCAAACUGAUUAUUUUCCAGUUACACCAAUAUCUGGUUACCCAGCACCACCUGCAGAUUACUUAACUGCUGCAUCACUCAACAAGCUGCAUAGCAAAAGUGGAACAUUAUGCUGUUCUUCAGGUGGUUCAAACGAUGGUCGUUCACCGCCUCCAGAACUGGCAUUACUUUCAGGUGUACCGCCGCCAGGUCCAAUGAUUAAGAAACCAACACCAUGUCCUAAAAGUUGGUUUUCGUUUUGUCAUUAA